AUGAUUUGGUGGCGGUUUUUUCUUGACUUACGACAGCCGUCGCCGAAUUCUAAGUCCCUCGAUAAGACACCUGGAUUGUCAAAAGAUUUGUCUACUCUAUCUAAUGCAGCUGGCAAAUCUUUACCAAAACCACGUCUGAUCUUCAACACGUCUGCUCGUUAUAUUAAUAACAGUUUAGAAUGUUGGACUGAUGACGACUAUUUGCACUGGAAACAAGGUGAUUUUUAUCCACCUGGUCAGUCAAAUGGUUCAAUUGCCUUUAUGAUCUUGACUGGUGAUAGUAACUUACGUACUCGCUGUGAUGUCAUUAUGUGCACAUUCGGCGUCACUAUUCAUCCAUCACGACUCUUUUUCGUGGGUGAAUCAUCAUCGGAUAGACGAGUACCAAUUUAUGAUGUGGUUGCACCCGACACACCGAGACCAGUUAACAUUUGGUGGAGCAAGCAAAAAGUCACUCGAGGUUUAGAUGUUGUUAUUAACAUGAUUAAUAAAAUGGCUGACGGCACAGAUAUCAAGUGGCUUAUGGUAAUGGAUGAUGAUACGUUUGUUUCUCCACCGAAUUUAAGAUUAGUUUUAUCGGAUUAUGAUCCUCAACAACCGCUAAUGAUCGGAAACGCAUGUGAAGAUCGAUUUUGUGGUGGUGGAGGCUAUGUUUUUUCAAGAGCCUUAUUCGAAAAAUUCCCUCCAUUCAUUUUGUCGUGUUACCCAAACAAACCAGGUGGAUAUAGUGAUAUGGUUGUGCCUCGAUGUAUCACCGCUAAAACUGGAGUUCGACCGACCGAUCGAAGAGAGUUCAAUACUCAACCACCAGACCACUAUACUACACGAGAUGUAUUAGCCGCUCGACCAAAUGGAUUCGGGAGAGCUGCUACUUUUCAUUAUCUGAGAUUGCCAAAAAACUACCUAGACUUGUGGAGACUUCAUCAAGCGUUUUACCGGGAUGGAACAUAA